CACACGUACGCAUGCCAGUAGGCGGUGUGUAAGAAUCCGGAAUCCGUUUCCGGUUCUGUAUUAGACGGCGUAUAACAUGGCGAAUAAAGGAACAUCAAAAGGAGAAGUUGUUGUUCCAAGAAACUUUCGACUUCUGCAUGAGUUGGAAAGUGGGGAGAAAGGAUGUGGUGAUGGAACAGUAUCAUGGGGACUUACACGCAGCGAUGAUGACACGCUAAGGGACUGGACCUGUACCAUUAUUGGACCCGCUAAUAGUAACUUUGAAUCAAGAAUCUACAGUGUAAAAAUAAUAUGUGACGAUGACUAUCCUGUAUGUCAGCCAAUUGUAACAUUUACAACCAAAAUAAAUUUACCUUUUGUCAGUCCAGACGGAAAGGUUGACGUACAUAGAUUAGUAGGAGGUUGGAACCCUUCUUACACUAUUCAAAAAAUAUUACUCGAUUUGAGGGUUCAAAUGAGAAACAACACAAGAAACAAGCAGCCAGCAGAUGGAAACUUCUUCUGAAUUCCCUUUGACUAAAUCAUACUGACUCCAUUGGCCCCUGCGUUUGUCUACCAACAGUAUUUGGAAUCUAAAAGGGAAUACCUAAUUAUUUCUCAACCAGACAGUUGGGACAGGUUGGGGUCAAGAAAAUGAGGCUCAUUAAAAGACAGGCUUGGAAUAGUGACAGGUUUUGUUUUGAUAUAGAUCAGGCCUCCAUUAGAAGUGUAAACAAUCCCUUUGCAAAGCUCAGACUUUUUAUCUCGGACUGAUCAUGUAUAUAUGUUAAUGUUAAUUGAUUAUCUUUGGUUUUGUCUUGUUUUGGGAAGCAGUGGAGAAAAGGAGACGCCUAUCAAUAGGUGUAUCGUCACUUGUUCAAGCAAAACUUCCUACGUUUUUUUAUCCCCCAACAUUAAUUAUAACCUAUGAAAAUUUGUAUGUACAUUGUUUGCUGUGCAUAAUGGAAAAUUUUCAGAGGUAACUUGCAAAUUUAAUUAGAAAGAUUCAUAAUAAUUUUUGGUGUAAUCAUGUAAUUGUGUAAUUCAGGCUUCUGAUAUAUCAUUCCACUAGAAAUGAUAUACCAUUGAUUGAUUUGUGCGCCAGCUUUGAUUUCUGCACCAGUUUGAUUUAAAACAAAUUGGACAUUGAUUUUUUGGUCAGAAAUGUAAGAUUUGGUCAGCAAAUGAUAUUCACAUAAGGAAAGAAUCUUUGUACUAGAACUUACACCUGAUUUAGGCUUUGUUUCCAUCCACUCUACUCAUAGAAGUUAUAGGAAAAGAAAUUAAGGAUGAAGGGUUGACUUUUUAAAAUUCUGUUAGCUCGUCGUGUAUUUGCGAGCAGGUUGUCCAGCAUACAUUUCUAUUAGUGUAAAACUUUCUCUGAAGUUUGAAAACAAAGUGCUAACCUGGGUAUGGGACUCACAAAAGUUCUGUGCUACUUAUUACAUUUUAAGAACUCUUAAAUGUAGAUGCUUCACCUGAUAAUAUCAUAAACGUACAAUCAGGACCAUAUUGAGUUUUUGUACCCUAGUUUCAUUGUGUGUGUAAUAAUAACUGUAUAAUUGUACAACCAAGCUCUGUUAUAGUGAUUUCUUCAUGUGAUGCUAAUCUCAGAAUUGGCAUAGGUCUAAAAAUAAUAAAAAAAUCCAAAUCUAGAUUUAGCAGUACAGAUGGAUGCCAAAGGCAGGUUUUUUUAUUACCGUAUAACAAGUUAUCUAAGUGGGCUUCAAUUUUUGCGAUUUUUACCCAAAAUUUGAAAAUUAAAUUUACAGCGAUUAUAAUUUUGCAAUCUAGACAUGUGAAGAAACUAAAUUUUUGGGAGUGUUAGCAUAGAGACGGGACACCCAGAAUAGCAAUGGGAGUGUUAGCAUAGAGACGGGACACUCAGCAUAGAAAUGGGAGUGUUAGCAUGGAGACGGGACACUC